UCCUACGCAUCAUCCGCCUUACCGAUUGAUAUUAAUCAAAAACGCGUUGUUUUGAAAUUUAUCUUGGUAUAUUUUUUUAGUCAUUGAGCCAUUCCUCCGGACGGGGGAUUCUCCCGUGAACAUUGUUAGAAGCAAAGUUUUUUUCGAAAAAAACAAAUCGUACACACCUACGCGGUAGAUAUUUGGACCUUUCAACUCCGGAAAGCAAAACGAGGAAAACAAAAACAAAAAAUGCAUCAGCUGUCAGCUAAAGUAUCGCAUUUUUCGAUUGCCGUGUUCGUCUUGUUCGUUUCGUUGAGUAUGGACGUCGAAUCGGCACCCGCAGCAACGUCUUCCAUUAACCGACCGGAAGCACAGCUGUCCGUUCAGGAAGUGGAGAAAUUUCUUGAGGGCCUGACCCGGUAUUUGCAUAGACAACGCUUGGAUCAGCAACGAAUGCAUCAGCCAAAGUCGCCCAUGUCGGAAGAGGCCACCUACGAUCCGGAUGCUAUCGACCGUGCCAUCCUCGGCGAGAUGGCGGCUCCGUUAGAUGCGGAAAGAUCUCCUUCUAGCGAAUUGGCCAAUAACUCCAUGUCUCAUGCACGUCCGCCGAUCGCCACCAACAACAAAUGGCCGUGGUCGUUGAGUAACUUUGAACGGAUUGAAGAUCAGGAUGUUAAGCAACGGCAACCUUACGGCAAACGCAAUUCCGAAUUGAUCAACUCGCUGCUGGGCUUACCCCGUUUCAUGAAAGUCGUCGGAUAAAUAUCUGGAAAAAAAAAACAAAUUUGAUUGAAAUAGAUAAAAAAAAAAUAAUAAUUGGAGUACAGGGGGAAGGGGGCAUGUUUUUCAUCAUAUCUUAUGUGUUGACAAGAAAAAAAAAGAAAAAUAAAAUCUUACACAUUUAAUUAUAUAACGUAUACUUUAAUAUAUGCAUGCUACUAGACCUUAGUAGUUCCAUCUCUUCCGCUUUCCGCAAACGCUGUCCAAAUGAAAACUAAGCGUUUGCCAAAUCGUUUUGAGUAUCUUAAGCAUUAUGUGUAGUUGACCACGGACAAUUAAUAUGUUAUUGUUCCCAUUAUUCGAUGGCGCACCUAAGUAUUAAAUCAAUCCCAUUGAUCAACUAAAAAAAUAAAUAAAUAAACGAUUAACUGUUUUUCGACUA